UUGGGGGAGGAAGCCAUGGCAAUUUAACAUACAGCAGAGCAAUUUUAUGUAGGGCCUCUUUUAAAUCCCACCGAGUUCCAUGGGGCUUUGUCCCAUAUAAUGAUGCAUACGAUUUUAGCCCGAGAGAAGCUUGUGUAUUACAAAAUUAUAUCUCAAAGAUGUCCUAGUUAAGAGUUGUAAGCGCCUCUCCCGAAGUACAUACACUCUCAGAAAACCGGGAGGCAGCUUUUUGGACAAUGUAUGAACUAUAUACUUGGAAAUGGAAACUGGUGAAACCAAGACGGGAGAUGGGGAAGAAAGGAGGCAGAUUUUGUGCGAUAACGAGUACCCCGGUGGCGGCGGCGCGGGCGGCGGUGGCGGAAGUGACGGUCAGUGUGGGAUGCUUAUCGUUGGGGGAAGAUGGAGACUGUGGCUGUGCAGCUAGGCAGUGAAGAAGUAACCCAGAGACCCCUCUACAGGUUCAGCGGGAAGGACUGUGUCUUCAGUGCUGCUGAGAGGAGCUCAAGGUGGUGUACGUGGUUAUCCCUCUUCUUAUUUAAUCCCCACAACAACUCUGUGAGCCUGGCUUAGGCUGUGUGACAAGAAAACAAGUUACAUCCAGCCUUCUCACCAAAAACAACCAUCAGUAACUAUUGGAAUGAGUGUGAUAUUUCUUCAAAAAUGGAGAUAUCUAUGUCAGACUUUAUAUCAACGUUCAAAGUGCUAAAAUAGAAUGCAGCCAGGAAUAUUUCUCAUAUCUGAAGAAGUCUUUGAGAAAUCUUGUUCAACUGGUCAUCCUUCACAUGAAGAGGUCAUAUGAACUGCACUGCUCAUAAAAGAACUCCCUGUUCCUUAUGUUGGGAAGUAUUAUCCUUUUCUGAUUUGUCAAAUAGCCUCUUCACAACAGCUUGUUGCUUGGAACUAUGCCAGAUGGAUGACAGAAGGAUCCAGCAAUGCAAAAGUAGGACUAACAAUUGCCAAGGAGGUGAUUCAUGGCAGGGGACGUGGAAGGAUUUACUUCCUCCAUCCAUGACACCAGCGUCUCUGCUGGGUUCAGAACACUGUAUGAGGAGGGAUUGCUUCUUGAUGUCACUCUUAUGAUUGAGGAUCACCAAUUUCAGGCUCAUAAAGCAUUGCUUGCCACCCAAAGCGAUUAUUUCAGGAUUAUGUUCACUGCUGAUAUGAGGGAGCGAGAUCAGGACAAAAUCCACUUGAAAGGUCUUACUGCAACAGGCUUCAGCCAUGUUCUCCAAUUCAUGUACUAUGGAACCAUUGAACUGAGUAUGGGCACUGUUCAUGAGAUCCUGCAGGCUGCCAUGUACGUCCAGCUUAUUGAGGUGGUGAAGUUUUGCUGCUCCUUUCUCUUAGCAAAAAUCUGCUUGGAAAACUGUGCAGAAAUUAUGAGACUCUUAGAUGACUUCAGUGUAAACAUUGAGGGCGUCAGAGAAAAGUUGGAUUCCUUUUUGUUAGAAAACUUUGUGCCUCUCAUGGCCAGACCUGACUUCUUGUCCUAUCUGAACUUUGAAAAGCUUAUGACUUACUUGGAUAAUGAUCAUCUGAGCAGGUUCCCAGAGAUAGAGCUCUACGAGGCUGUUCAGGCUUGGCUGCGGCAUGAUAGAAGACGCUGGAGGCAUACCGACACCAUCAUUCAGAACAUCAGGUUUUGUUUGAUGACACCAUCCAGUGUUUUUGAAAAGGUGAAAACAUCGGAAUUUUAUCGUUAUUCCCGGCAAUUGCGGCAUGAGGUAGAGCAAGCUAUGAAUUACUUCCAUAGUGUGCACCAGCAGCCGUUGAUGGAAAUGAAAUCAAAUCGCAUCCGUUCUGCCAAACCCCAGACUGCAGUAUUUAGAGGAAUGAUAGGACACAGCAUGGUAAACAGCAAAAUCCUUCUCCUGCAUAAGCCAAGGGUCUGGUGGGAGUUGGAAGGUCCACAGGUACCAUUACGACCAGACUGCCUUGCUAUCGUUAAUAAUUUUGUAUUCUUAUUGGGUGGGGAAGAGCUGGGGCCAGAUGGUGAGUUUCAUGCUUCCUCCAAAGUGUUCAGAUAUGAUCCAAGACAAAAUUCUUGGUUGCGAAUGGCAGAUAUGUCUGUACCACGCUCAGAAUUUGCUGUUGGUGUUAUUGGAAGGUACAUCUAUGCAGUGGCUGGAAGGACAAGAGAUGAGACCUUUUAUUCAACAGAGCGAUAUGACAUCACAGAAGAUAAGUGGGAGUUUGUGGAUCCCUAUCCAGUCAAUAAAUAUGGACAUGAAGGAACUGUUCUUGGUAACAAGUUGUACAUCACUGGUGGAAUAACAUCCUCUUCCACAUCUAAGCAGGUGUGUGUAUUUGAUCCCAGUAAAGAAGGAACUGUGGAGCAGCGGACAAGAAGGACUCAAGUAGUCACUAAUUGUUGGGAAAACAAAUGCAAAAUGAAUUAUGCAAGAUGCUUUCACAAGAUGCUUUCUUAUAAUGGCAAGCUUUAUGUUUUUGGAGGUGUCUGUGUAAUCCUGAGGGCCUCCUUUGAGUCUCAAGGGUGCCCUUCCACAGAAGUUUAUGACCCAGAAACUGAUCAGUGGACUAUUUUGGCUUCUAUGCCAAUUGGUAGAAGUGGCCAUGGUGUAGCUGUGUUGGACAAACAGAUAAUGGUUCUUGGGGGCCUUUGUUAUAAUGGUCACUACAGUGAUUCAAUUCUCACUUUUGAUCCUGAAGAUAAUAAAUGGAAAGAAGAUGAAUACCCAAGAAUGCCAUGCAAGCUAGAUGGCUUACAAGUUUGUAGCCUACACUUUCCUGAGUAUGUGCUGGAACAUGUUAGACGUUGCAGCUAAAAGAAGUUACCUAUAAAACUAUUUAUAAUUUGAUGGGAUGGAGGGGUGGGGUUAGGGAAUGCAGAUUUAAGCCCACUGAAGAUAUUGCCCUGUAUGAUACACCUCUUAACUUAAUAAAGAGAAAAAAGGAAGUGUACAGGGAAUGCAUCUACCCAGUUUAUUAGGAAUGCCAAUACCUGUGGUUUCAUACUGAUUUUAUUUUUUUACAUGCUAUUACUGUUUUGAGAGAAAAACAAGCUGUUCUUCCAUUUAAUGUGUUUUAACUCCAUUCUGUGUGUGCAGAGACAUGCUUCAAGAAGCACUGAAAUAUACUCUUAUUUGCAA